GAGAGAGAGAGAAUCAGCUGACAAAUCAAAACAAACCGGGAGACGGAGAGAUAUUAUUAAAGAUAGUAAGAAAAUACUCAUAGAAGGAGAAGCAGAGAGAGAGAGAGAGAGAGAGAGAGAGAGGGACAGCCACCACCACCACCACCACUACUACUACUACUACUACUACUACUACUACUACUACUACUACUACUACUACUGCCAUGAAGCUUAAAAUAGAUAUGAAAUUAUUGCCAAUUAAGGCGCAUUUUUUUCUUCUCUUUGCAGGUAAGGUUACAACUACACUACUACUACUACUACUACUACUACUACUACUACUACUACUGCCAUGAAGCUUAAAAUAGAUAUGAAAUUAUUGCCAAUUAAGGCGCAUUUUUUUCUUCUCUUUGCAGGUACGGCCCCCAUGCUGCCGUUCCUCCCAGUGUACAUCCGACAACAAGGCAUUUCUCCCACUGGAAUAAGCCUAAUUUACACAGUUCUGCCGUUCUUAGGCCUAGUGAGCAAGGGGUUAAGUGGCUUCCUCUCUGAUUGGCUGAGAAUUCAUCGCACUGUUUUCCUGUCGUCCAUUGUCGUCUGCGCCCUUGGGUUCUUCAGCAUCUACUUCUGCCCUCCCAUGCCAAGAGAGAGUGACCCCAAGCUAGCCAGCCUCAAUAUGACCUGUGGUGACCUCGGGAGUGACCUGACCUUCUGUGACCCCAGCCAGCGGUGUGCACGGGAUGACUACCUGGCGACGCUGCCCAGUGACCUCCUUGUGACCUGCCAAAUACAAUGCCAACAACAACAACGACCACCACCACCACCACCACCACCAUCCCCAGGAACAGAAGAGAAGAGAGAGAGAGCCGAACAACAACAACAACAACAACAACAACAACAACAACAACAACAACUACAACAACUCUGCUUGCUGUGGGACGUCCAGCCUUGCCCUGACAAGCUAAAUAUGUCAGUUGUAACGAGCAUAGGGUCGUUUAAGAGAACUUUUCAUUGUACAAGCUUCCCUGUGGCCAAUCUGACUGUGGAGGGGCAGGAGCUUGAAGACCUCACCUGUCCAGUCAACACCACCAACACCACCACAGUGACCCCCACCGUGACCUGCCAAGCGACCUGUGAUGACCCAGCCCUCAUGACCUUCCUAGGGGCACCCCCGACGAAGGCCCCAAGCACUUACGAAGAGGUCAUAGGUCAUGUACAGUUCUGGCUGCACAUGAUCUGCAUGGUGGUGGCUUGGGCAGGGCUGGCGGUGUGUGUGGUGAUGUCCGACACAAUCUGCUUCCAGUUACUAGGAGCCCAGGGGGAUCGGUACGGCGAGCAGCGUUUGUUUGGGUCCCUCGGAUGGGGUACGCUUGUUGUCAUCACCGGUGCCCUGAUUGACUACGCCUCGCUUGGACAAACGGAGAAGGACUACACCCCUGCGUUUGUCCUCUCGCUUGCUAUUCUGUUCAUCGACCUGUUAGCUGCGACUAGACUUGAGGUGGAGGGGCGGGAGAAGGAGGUCGGAGCCAACGCGGGAACGGUCGUCAGGUUGAUCUGCGAACCUCGUAUUGUGCUGUUUAUCCUGUGCUGUGUGGUGGUGGGGGUGUCCACUGGCAUUCUGUGGACCUACCAGUUAAUGUUGGUAGAGGAUGUUGCCUUUGCCUGGGACUGCCACUUCUCCCACCUGAAGCUGCUGCAGGGACUUGUAAUGGGUGUGCAAUGUUUUGGUGGAGAACUCCCCUUCUUCUUCCUCUCUGGGUUCUUUAUACGCAAACUGGGCCACUCCAAUGCCAUGUCCCUGGUGGUGGCGGUGUUCGGUGUCCGCUACGUCCUGUACUACGCCAUCACCAACCCCUGGGUGUUCCUACCGGUGGAGUUACUGAACGGACUGACCUUCGGAAUCUUCUACGCCACCAUGACGUCAUACGCCAGUCAGGUCGCUCCUCCAGGGAUGCAGGCGACUCUUCAGGGCAUUGUGGGGGCGUCUUUCGAGGGCAUUGGUGAGUGUGUGUGUGUCUGUGUGUGUUUGUGUGGGUGUUUUGGGGUGUUUUUGGGUGUUUUUGGUGUUUUUGAGUGUUUUUGGUCAUUUUAG